UAACAGACAAAAUGCCUUUUAAACCAGUAGAACAUCCCAAGUGUCCCAAAUGCGGCAAAUCCGUAUACGCCGCGGAAGAACGUGUUGCUGGAGGACUCAAAUGGCACAAGAUGUGCUUCAAGUGUGGUCUGUGCGGCAAAUUACUCGACUCGACAAACUGCACCGAGCACGAGGGUGAGCUUUUUUGCAAAGUGUGCCACGGACGCAAGUUCGGUCCUAAGGGAUACGGCUUCGGUGGAGGCGCUGGUUGCCUGUCCAUGGAUCAGGGCGAACAUUUGAAGAGUAGCGAGUGAGUGCACCUGCCCGUCGUCUCCCUCCCCCUCCCCUUCUACCCCACCUCCACCCCUCCUCCUCCUUUCCCAAACCUA